AUGGGAAAUAUGCCGAUAAGGAUGUCAAAUAAGUUCGAGAAAAAUAGCCUUAAUGAAUCGAGCGCGAUAUCCGCUAAUAACUCGGAAGUGUCUCCAGCGCACAGUCGUAAUAAAGCGAGCAAGCCGUCGCAAGAUUUUAAUAAGCCGUCGGUAUCGGGGGCUAAUAAUUAUAAUUAUCGGUCCGAUCAACCGCGACAGUGUUUUAACUGCGGGUCCACGGAACAUCUUGCAAGAAAAUGUAUUAUACCUCCAAAGAAGUGCAAAAACUACAAUCGCCCAGGUCACGAGGCGGCCAAAUGUAGUAUGUUUUAA